AUGUCUCCUCUUGGAUUUCUUCUUCUUGGUGUUUUCUACAUGGUUUCUCAUGUAAAUGGCCAUGGUGGUCAUGCUAGUUGGAUUAAUGCUCAUGCUACUUUCUAUGGUGGAAGUGAUGCUUCCGGAACAAUGGGUGGAGCUUGUGGAUAUGGAAAUUUAUAUAGCCAAGGUUAUGGAACAAAUACAGCAGCAUUAAGCACAGCAUUAUUCAACAAUGGAUUGAGUUGUGGAGCAUGUUAUGAAAUAAAAUGUGUGAAUGAUCCACAAUGGUGUACUCCUGGAUCCAUUAUAGUUACUGCCACUAAUUUCUGUCCACCUGGUGGUUGGUGUGACCCUCCAAAUCACCAUUUUGAUCUUUCUCAACCUAUUUUUCAACACAUUGCUCAAUAUAAAGCAGGGAUUGUACCUGUUGCUUACAGAAGGGUAAGGUGCAGAAGAAGAGGUGGAAUAAGAUUCACUAUCAAUGGACAUUCUUACUUCAAUUUAGUACUAGUGACAAAUGUUGGAGGAGCUGGUGAUGUACAUUCUGUGGCCAUAAAAGGUUCAAGGACAAGAUGGCAAGCCAUGUCAAGAAAUUGGGGGCAAAAUUGGCAAAGUAACUCUUACCUUAAUGGACAAAGUCUUUCAUUUGUUGUCACCACAAGUAAUGGUCAUAGUGUGGUUUCAUUCAAUGCUGCACCAGCUGGUUGGUCUUUUGGUCAAACCUAUACCGGAAGACAAUUCAACUAUUAA